UCUGUUAAAGUCUGUUUGUCUGUGAUUAAGCUAGGAAGUAGCCUCUAUCAGGGAUAAACUUCAGAGAAGAUAGAUAAGAUAUCUGUGCUUUUGUUGAAUGUGCACAUCAUGUUGGGCGAUCAUUCCAGUUUUGUGAAGAGUGUUGCGAAGAACGGUUGUGUUUUGUGCGUGACAGAAAAAAAAACCUGGUGGAGGAUUCAGCCGAUAGCGGUUCGGAAACUACAUAUUUUGGCGUCGAUGCUACACAAUUUUAUCUAUUCAAAAUGGCUUGCUCAAUGCAGGGUGUUAUAGAUCCGGAAACCACAAGGCCUAUAACGUACGAAAGCAGCAUCAAGUCCGGCACUCACGGCGAAGUAUACCAAAAGCAGCUGGCCCAAGUUCUUUUGCUUAGGCUGACACGACAAAGGAAGGAUUUCCAGUUAGCUUACGAAAUGACAGCAGCGGAAAAGUUUGAUGAUGUGGUGCUGUACGAUGCCGCAGCCAAGCAAUGGAUUUUUCUACAAUCAAAACAUGCAGACGGCAAAGAUUCAAAGAUAGAUCUCAAUGGCUUGCUACCGAAAACGAAUCGGGAAAAGGCAGAUUUCAGUUUGUACAAAUAUUUUUAUUCCUAUAUGAUAGUUCAACAUAGGUUCAAAGGCAAAGUCAAAUUCCUGCUGUUCACCAACAAAAAACUUGAUGAAAAGCUAAAGACAGCGGGAGAUUACAUGUCCUUCGAAGAUCGAGAUGUAGACGAAUAUCUUCGCUUCAAUUCUGAAGGAGCGACCCACAAAUUACUUACACCGACUGAACCGACCAUUCAAUCAAUCAUGGAAUAUGUCAACAAAGAUUUAUAUUUCCUAAAAGAUGCUAUCAAGGACCUUUUCACUGAAGGAAUUAUUACAAACGAGUUGUCAAAAUACAAAACAUAUUUAAAUGAUAUUUUGACGGAGUCUGGAAAUCAAAUAAGAUUCAAAGAUACAUUCAAUGACUCAUUAAUUUUCAUUGCUAAAUUGUACAAAGUACUCAAACCAGAUCUACUCGAUUUGAAGCCCAUUGAUAAACCACUAGGAUAUGCCGAUGGAGAAGUUGAAUAUGACUCUUUAAGUUAUCCAUCAGUGGAGGGGCAGGAUUUCGAACACCUGAUUGACGCCAUAAGAAACCUUUUUCGUACUGGAAUUUUAUCUGAUUUUUUAAAAACGCACGAGAAUCUUCUAGCAUUGAUUCUAACAACAACAGCAAAUGGCCAGCUAGCAUUCAAAGAUUCAUUCAGUAGUGAUAUAAUCUGGAAAGCUGAAUUGUAUAGAACGUUGAAGGCGGAAUUGGGUGACCUGAAUAAAAAGGUUACUACAAAGCAGAAACUCUUCGAUGGAAAGGCUUCACGGAACAAACACCAUUCAGUAUUAUUGUAUGCGGAAGAACCUGAUGUGCGACAAUUCUUUACGCUGCUCACAUUGUCAGUGCAUCAACCGGAUGAAUUGGAACCCUUUAUCGUCAAGGAGUUACAUUUGGGGAUGAGAAUGUGGCUACGGCCUGACGUUUUAGGUAAGCUAGCCGAAGACGAUGAUAAAAAUGCGGUGAAAGAUUUGGAUGAUUAUUUUGAAUCAACGCUGAAAUGUGGCCAAGGUAAUUCUAAACCAUUCUUAGAUCAACAUUUUGUCACGCGGUAUUCCAACAAGCUACGGUCUAAAAUUUUUAAACUGUUUCCGGAGUUGAAUGACACAAAUCAGUUAUAUAUUAACAGAGAGAUUAUUUUUGAUCAAGAGAACAUUGAUACACAAGAAAAUUUGCAAGGUUUUCAAUUUGACGGAAUCGUGAAAUCAAAGCCAGAUUGUAGUUUAGGAAAAACGAUUACAUUUAGUGACAACUCUGCAAAAAAUAGGCAUGGAGUGGAUGACAGAAUGGCACUUCUCGACAGAACUAGCAAGGAAAUGACUGAUAGGCAGUUUUCAGAAAAUUUGAAGAUGAGGUUUGCACAUUAUCAGUGUUUGGUUUUAACGGCCGACCCAGGGAUAGGUAAAACUGAACUUUUCCAAUAUGUAGCUCUUGAGCAUCAAAAACUCACAUCAGGAGCAGUUUUCUUAUUUCGGUUGAACAGAAUACAAGAUUCCAAGGACGUUUUAGGUAAUGAAACAUCAUUGGAAAUCCUCAAACCUGCGUUGUCUCAAAAGAAUCUGGAGCUCAUACAGAACCAUUUGCGGAACAAGUCAAAUGAUCUUAUUACAAUGCUGUUUGACGGAUAUGACGAAAUACAUGAGAGAAAUAAGACCAGAAUAAACAAACUGUUUGAGCUAUUGUUAAAGUCAAAACAAAUUCAACUUGUAAUAAGUGCGAGAAAUCAUGAGAAAAACUCUUUGCAGCGCUUUUUCCAAAAUCACAACUUUAACGUUGGUUACUUUACAUUAGAGCCAUUUAACAGUGAAAAUGUUAUUGAAUACCUUGCGCAAUUUUGGAAUGAAAAAUGUGAUUUCAAUUCCAAGUUUGAUUCGUAUUCAAAGUUUCUGAUUGAGAAAUUUUAUAGCUUGUGCAGAGUUCCAUUGAUGGUGAAAAUGAUGGCUAAAAUCUACAAACAACGUUUUAAAGAAUUCAAAGAAACUAUGAUUGAUAAAGAAGGUGAAAUAAGCCUCUUAGAAAGAGAGUUUUCACAAAUCGAACAAAUUUACGGAAUUUUUAUAGAAAAUUGUUUACUUGUAAAGAUAGAGGAUGCAUGCCACGGCAUUGGGAAAGUCGAUCCAAACAAACAGAUAUUCGAUGGAUUUUAUCUUGAUCAUCAACUACUUGCAAUAAAAUUUCUUGAUGUUGGUGAUCUUAAACAUAUCUUCAAGAACCCAAAAUACAUGAAGAAAUGGGACUGCAUUCAAAAAAGUCAUCAGAACCAGCUUGAAAAAUCUAUUCUGUUAAAUUUUGUUGACGGUAAAGUUUCGUUUACUCAUCACUCUUAUGCUGAGUAUUUUGUUGCGAAAUUUCUCUGGGAUGAUUUUAUUAACUUGAAAAACAUUAUCAAUAAAGUUUUGUCUCGUUUUACUGGAAUAAGAGAGUUUUUUAUUAAAAAAAUUGAAGAAAACAUCGACUUGUUCGUAUCUAAAUUUGCUCAACAGACGUCUUUUGUUUCAAAAGAAGUUGCUUUCUGGGCUUGUGAAAGUAAUGCUGUUGAGUUGUUGAAAUAUGUUCUUUCAAAAAAAUUUUUGAGUAUGCCAAACAAGGUCAAAAUGCUUCAAAUUGCCAUUAAGAACGGCAGUGACAAAAUAUGUUCCUAUUUGAUCGAUGACUAUAAAGUACAUCCCAAUGUUAAGUAUGAUGGUGGUUUGGCUGCUUUACAUUGGGCCGUUAUAUAUGGACAUAGAAAUUUAGUUCAUUUAUUGCUUGAAAGAGGAGCGGACAUCAAUAUUCGAAACACGGGAGGAUGGUCAGCUCUGCAUUAUGCAGUCCAUCACAAACGAAUUCUUAUUGCACAAUUUUUGCUCGAUAAAGGCAUGGACGUAAACUGUUCAAACAAUGACAAAUGGAAUCCACUUCAUAUUGCGUGCAAUAACGGUGAUGCUAAUGUAGUGAAAAUAUUAAUACAAAAAAAUGCAGAUCUUGAUAUACAGACAAUCGAAGGCAAAACUCCGCUUUAUUUAGCUACGGCAGGAGGACACGCAGAAAUUGUUAUCGUUUUAAUUGAAAAUAUGAUGAAAAAAUUCCCUUUCCGUAGUAUGUUUUGCGUAGACUAUGCAUUUCAGAUAGCUGUCCGUUACGGCCAUAGUUCUGUGCAGGAAAUGCUUAAGAGAAAAUAUCCUAAUGAUGCUUGCGCAAAAGAUAUCGAUGAUCCACUAAUACACUUUGCGACUUGGCAGGGAAUAAUUCGAUACGUUGAAAAAUUGAUAGACGAAGGUACCAAUGUUAAUGCACAGAGUACAGCUCUACACCUCAGUGCAUCUGCAUCUGAUCACCGUCUUGUUGUUGAACUACCGCUUGGUAAAGGUGCUAACGUAAACGCUGUUGAAACAAAUAAAUCGACACCGCUUCAUUUAGCAUGUCAGAAUGGUCAUACAAAGGUUGCGGAAAAAUUAAUGACACAAAAAUCACUAGUUAAUGCAAUGGGCCACAAUUACCAAACACUGCUAAAUUUUGCAUGUGAAAAUGGACACAAAGAUGUCGUGGACGCUUUGAUUAGAGAAGGUGCCAAUAUUGAGGCAUUAACUCUAAAUAAAUGCACAGCACUUCACAUAAGUGCUUUCAAUGGUCACUGCGAUAUUGUGGAUUUGCUACUUGAUAAAGGUGCCAACGUAAAUGCUGUUAAAACAAACAAUUGGACACCGCUUCAUUUUGCAUGUCAGAAUGGUCAUAAAAUGGUUGUGGAGGUAUUAUUGAAACAAAAAGCCAACAUUGACGCAUUGACUCACGAUAGCUCGACACCGUUACAUUUGGCAUGUCUGAAUGGUCAUAAGGAGGUUGCGGAAAUACUAUUAAGACAAAAAGCCAACAUUGAUGCAUUGGACCACCGUAAUCGGACACCGCUACAUUUUGCAUGCCAAAAUAAACACAAAGAUGUAGUGGAAACUUUAAUUGAAAGAGGUGCCAAGAUUGACGCAUUAACACAAAAUAAAUGUACAGCUCUUCAUCUCAGUGCUUUCAACGAUCACAUGAUUAUUGUGGAUUUGUUGCUAAGUAAAGGUGCUAACGUGAACGCCAUUGAAGUAAAAAAAUGGACGCCGCUGCAUUUUGCAUGCCAGGAUGGCCGUAAAGAGGUCGUGGAAAUAUUGUUGAAACAAAAAGCCAAAAUCGAUGCAUUGGAUUACCAAAAUCGAACACCACUUCAUUUAGCAUGUGAGAAUGGGCAUAAAGAGGUUGUGAAAAUAUUAAUAAGAGAAAAAGCCAACAUUGACGCAAUGAAUCACGAGAACUGUACACCUCUCCAUUUGGCAUGCUGGAAUGGUCAUGCAGAGGUUGUGGAAAUAUUAUUGAGGGAAAAAGUAAACAUUAAUGCAUUGACUCGAAAGAAGUACACACCGCUUGAUGUUGCAUUCCAGAAUGGUCAUUGCGAUGUUGUGAAAAUAUUACUUAGACGGAUUGGUUUGCAAAAUCUCGUCACAUACCCAAGUAACCACAAGCAUUAUAUCAUAACUCUAAUUCAAAUGUAUUUUAGUAUAGCUAAUGCAAGAUAACUUUUAUUCAACGUUUUUCAAGUAAUGAUGCAUUAAACCUACAUUAUGAAUGCGUUGAAGCCUUAAGGGGUUUUUGACAGUUCAAUAUAGUUCUAUAGAGGCAUUGUUUAAUGCUUCAUUGCAUUAUCAUAUUUAAUGCUUCAUGGCAAACAGUAUUGCAGACUACAUCUCAAAUUGGACUAUCACACUGUUUAUGGUACGCCUAAAAAGUGUGAUAAAAGUGCACAUUUGCCUCGGAUCGUCUCGACGUCUUCGGGGCACUUAUUCCUCCAUUUACAAGGAAUAAGUGCACCGAAGACCUCAAUUCGAUCCGACGUAUCCCUGCGCUGUAAUCACACUUUGAAAAUGUGUGUACACUAUUGUGUCAGUCCAAUUUGGGGUGCAGUCAGCAAUACUAUGGGAAAACGACGUUUUUCAUUCAAUCGACCGUAGCAUUUCUCCUAGUGCCCUUGAGUGUUAGUUGACCCUUGGUACUCCUGGGCCACUUCUCAGCUACAACUUUGCCGAAGACCACAUUCAAAUCGGACGCCUCAUUAAUUUGUUAUCGAUUUUUAUCCAGAAUGAAAAUCUUUGAUCACGAUGAUUACACUAUUCAAUGGGCAUCACUGCAAUUUGCCUUGAAACAUAGUAGCCAUGAUUUAUGUGUGCUAUCUUUGGCGCCAUGUGCAGCAAUGUUGCCUGCUGGGAAGCUGAACGAUCACUGUUAAAGUUUCUGCAGUUGGAUAAAAAUCGGUAACUAAUUAAUGAGGCGUCUGAUUUGAAUGUGAUUUUCGGCAAAGUUGUAGCUGAUGAAGGAGCCUAGGAGUACCAAGGGUCAACUAACACUCUAGGACACUUGGGGAAAUGCUACGGUGAAUUGAAUGAAAAACGUCCUUUUCCCAUAGUAAUUCCCAUACAAACUUUGAAGGGCUUGUGCACUCUCAAUUUUCAACCAAAUCAGCUCAUUUUUGGGGGAAGGCUUAGAACCUGGUUAUGAAUCGAAUAAGCGGUGUGGAGCAAAAACGAUUUUUUGAACCACGCUAUUAGUUAGAGCUUCUAUAUGGUACAAGCAUUUUAUAUGCUUUAGCUAUCAGCUCAGUAAAGCUUGCUUUAAUUCAAUAAUAGUAGCGCCACUUUCGACUUUAAGCCUACUUUAAUGGUAACUAUAUGACAAAACAACUUUAUAUCGCAUGUCAUAUAAUACACUAUAAAGUGAAGUUAAUGCUCUAUAUACAGCGCCAUGGUUACUUUGGUAUUGAUUAGGCGUGCCAAAAUGAUCCUUAUAGAGGUCGAAAUAGAGUUUUGUACCAUUUGUUCAGGUGUACCUAUUUUGGGCACUUGCUGCUAUAACUAACUCAAUUUCAAACCGAUUGAUUUGAAUUUUUGUAUAGUGUUAGGCACGUCAGUAUCUAACUAUACAAAAAUUCAAAUCAAUCGGUUUUAAAUUGACUAAGUUAUAGCAGCAAGUGCCCAAAAUAAGUACACCUGACCAAAUGGUACAAGUCCCUAUUAACAGAAAAAAAAAGCCAUCGAGGGGACCACUACAGUAGACGUUCGCUCGGUGCAAACCGUUUAACUGCAAUGCUUUUUAAGUGCAAGUCCGCUAAGUGCAACAAUUUUGCAGUUAUCGCACCGCUAUCCGUCAAAAUCAAAUGUCAACAGCGAUGCGAUGUUUUUCGCAUGCACUUUUGUUGUAGUGCGAGGUUUUCUGAAUGCACAUUGGCUGCAUUGUGCAGCGACUGACAGUUCCUUGACGUCUGUCAGUUGGUGCAGUUUUCGAAUUUCACUUGGUAAGUGAAACGUAAACAUGUUGCAGUUAUCGAACGGCUACUGUAAUUGAAAACUGGCUACUUUUUAUACAAAAUUCUCAAUAGGGUCCUAAAAUUAAAGAAGAAAUCUCGCUUUUAUCGAAUAAUACGAUCAAGCACGGUAUUCUAAUCGGAAUGGUACUUUACUGGAACUCGAAACACGAAGGAAUAAUGAGAAAAUUCGAAAUAAGUAAAAUGGUAAAUAGUUCUAGUUUGACAUUUGAGGCCGACCUUGACGUGAUGACGUACUGGGAUUUCAAAAAAGUUUAUAUCUGACAUACACGGUGAAAAAAAAGGGCGGGACAAAAGCUUUAAAAAUUGAAAAUUAUGUAUGGCGCUGUCCAUAAACUAAGUAGACUCAUUUUUGGCAAUCUCAGAACUCCCCCUCCCCCCUCGUAGACUUUUUUCCAUACAAAAUUUUUAAAAUUUGUAUGGAGCGUAGACUUUGACUAGUCCCCCCCUAAGAGUCUACGUAGUUUAUGGACAGGCCCUAUUCUCAACCACGGCCAAUAGACAAUUUAGGGCAAAGCUAAAAAAGUGCAGGUGGCGCUUUUCUUAAGGGUUCAUUCAAAUAUUACGUAACGCAAAAUUUGCCAAUUUAAGACCCCCUCCCUCCCCCACGUAACAGCUUUUGUAUGGAAAAUUUUGAAAUUUUGUAUGAAGCGUAACGCAGCGCUGGACCCCCUCCCUCCCCCCUUAGCGUUACGUAAUAUUUGAACGAACCCUAAACAAUUAUUCAACCAUCUCAGGAUUAAUAACUUAUGCUAUAAAUGUAAGACUUUCGCAAUUAUUGCAGAUUUGGGUGACUUUCACAUAAUGUAUUGACCAGAAAUAUGGUAUUUUUGCAUCCAAAGUUGAAAAUUUUUCGUUACCUAACCUUACAUUUAAUCGACCAUAAAAACGUGAAAAACUUAGCAAGUAUGCACUCUUGAAUUAUAUUUUGUGGUUUAAACCAACAAUCUAGAUAGGGCUUUAGGACGAAAUGACUUAGCAAUAGUUAGCAGCAGACGACCUUGAUGAAAAAGUUCAACCAAUGCACAGUGGGAAAAAUCGACCCAAAAAACGGAUCUUUUAACGCCGCUGGUUUCGGUACUUGAAGUUGACCAUUUCUGGCGUAAAAAUGUACGAGAAAUCGAUUGGCGCUAAAUUCAUUCACCGCACGGCACGGGAAGUGGCCCAUUUUGCCCCAUUUUGCCCUUUUUUCAUACAAAAAGAGAAUUAAAAUAUACUUUUAAACAACCAACACGACUGUAGAUCGUUAAAAAUAACUUAACUUAGAGGUUAAUAGUAAUCUUAAAAAUAAAAAAAAUGCUUUCAAAUGUUUAUUUUGCCCCAUAUGCCCCAACAACUGCUGGAAAUUGUGAAUUUUACAUAACUAUGAAUGGAUUUUUAAUGUUACUGAUUCGAAGUUGAGUUUUUUAACAUAAACCAAAAACACUAGAUCUUUUAUCACCAGAUUCAUCUUCAGGAGUUGUCUAAUUUGCCCCAUUUUGCCCUAUUAUCAUAGAAAAAUUAGAUUUAAAAUGUAUUUAUAAGAAACAGAUACUGCUAUGGACAAUUGAAAAUAGUUUUAGUUGCAAUUGGCUUAACAGUAAUCUUGCGCAUAUGUGAAAGAUCCUUUCCCUACAUGCCCCUAAAACUGCUGGAUAAUAUUUUUUUUGUAAUGUUUGUAAUAUCACUGGUAGCAAUACCUGAAGUCAUUGAUCAUUUUUGAUAUAUACAAAUACGGUUUAUCGAUUAGCUUUAGAAUCAUUCACGGGAGGGUGCAAACAGCUGUCCAUUAUAACCCAAUUUGUCCUGAUUUUUUGUCGCCUCAUGAUUAAAUUGAUUUCCCAUAUUUGCUUAUGCCCGAAUUGAUGGACUUCUGGUACUGAAACCAGUGUAAUCGAAAGAACAGUUCAAAUAUAUGACUUUUUUUAAUUCCUGCUUUUGGUGGGGAAUUCAGGGUAAAAUAAAUCACUAAUUUUAAUCUUAAUAUGUGGCAAAUAUGCACACAACUGAUUAAAUGAGGCAUCUUAAAUAUAUAUAAUUUGGUGCUUUAAGACGCCCUAUUUAAUCAGUUUAGUGCAUAUUUGACAUAUUUUAUAAAAUGCCUAUUAUGUCCUUAAUUCCCCAUCAAAAGCUGAAAAAGCCUUUAUAUAUGUAGUUUUGAUAACAUUGGUUUCAGUACCAAUGCAAAUAAGGACAAUUAAUUAAUUCAUUACAUGACAACUAAGGGCAAAUUGGGGUAAAAUGGGCAGCUAUUCAUACCAAUCCGAGAAUGAUUCUGGUAUUAAUCGAAAAACCGCAUUUGUAUAUAGCUAACAUGAUCAAUGGCUUCAUGUUUUGCAACCAGCGACAUAUCAAAACCAUACAAAAUAUGUUAUUAUCCAACAGUUUUAGGGGCAUAUAGGGUAAAAUAGGGAAAAUAUCUUUCAUAUAUGCGUUUGGUAACUGUUAGCUUCCAAUUGAACCUAAAACUAAUUUCAGUGUUCCAUAGCAGUAUCUGUUUCUUAUAAAUACAUUUUAAAUCUAUUUUUUUCUAUGAAAAUAGGGCAAAAUAGGGCAAAUCGGACAACUCUCGAAGAUGAUUGUGGUGAAAAAAGAUCUAGCUCUUCUUGUUAAUGCCUAACAAAUCAAUUUAAAAUCAGUAACAAAAAAAAGCCAUUCAUAAUUUGGUAAAAGUGUGAAUUUCCAGCAGUUGCUGGAGCAUAUGGGGCAAAAUAAACAUUUAAAAGGAUCUUUCAUGCAUUCUUAUGAUUGCUAUUAACCUCUAAUUACACCUGUAGUUAUUUUCAGUCGUGUUGGUUGUUUAAAAGUACAUUUUAAUUCUCUUUUUACAUAAAAAAGGGCAAAAUGGACCACUUCCCGUGCCGUGCGGUGAAUGAAUUUAGCGCCAAUCGAUUUCUCGUACUUUUUUACGUCAGAAAUGGUCAACUUCACGUACCGAAACCAGCGGAGUUAAAAGAUCCGUUUUUUGGGUCGAUUUUUCCCACUGUGCAAUGCCGAAAAAUGUAUAUAGUUAUUCUAGUUGAUAAACAAAUUUGUUUUCCAAUUUCCUUUAUAAAUAUGAACCACCUCAUUUUCAUAUACAUUAGAAAGAGGGCCCUAAGAACCUUUUUGUAGAAAAUCUGGGUGCUGGACCAGUGUGCAACCUCUAUUGAUCGAUAUAAAAAAAAAGACAAUUACACCGUCUUCGACCUUGCGGCCUCUACAGACUGAACAUUACAAACAUUCGACAACGGACAACACAUAUAACACCCAGUGGCCCAGUGGAGAGUUUUCCGUUUGACGAAAAGUUUUCCCCAACUGAAGCGGGAAUCGAACCCACACUCCGUGGCUUACGAGACACCUAAACGACUGCCGCCGCUAACCGCUCGGCCACGAAGCCCACAACUUUGUCAUAGUGAUGGUGGUUCUGGAAUGAUUUUUUAUUGCGCGACUAUGGCAUUUCGGAAAUUUUCAAACAGCUUGUUGAACAACACUCAAACAUUAAGAUUUAUAGUUCCGGUAGAUAAUUUUAAACAGUAAUGUAAAAAAUGUAAGUAUUACAAAACUACAAAAAAAUAAUUAUAAUAAUAUUGCAUACAGCUUUAAUUAAAAUACUUUCGUGAAAAUA